GAACAUUCCUCGGAGAAAACAAUCCCUACAACACCCUCUAAACUCCACAAUUUCACGAUUCGUUCUUCAUCGAUCCACCGUGGUCAAUCCACAGUAACCAAUUGAGUAAAAUGUCGAAGCAAAAAGCAACAUAUUACACCUACAACUCGGGUGUCGAAUGCAAGCACCUUCACUUGGGUAAUCUGGUUCACGACUUCAAACUUCCUACAUCUCUGGAGCCAUAUGAGGAAAAGGCAUAUACGGAGUGAGUAUGCGAAAUCUAAUCGGAAUUGACAGUUAAAGAAGAGGAUGCAUUUGCAAGCAGUAAUCUUACAGUACUUGCUGAUGCACCGUGAAGCAUUGCAGAACCCGCUCCCUUCUGGGCCCAAUUAACCCCUCUCACCAACUAUGCCUUAACCCUAGGCAAGAGCCUCGACACCGAUCUCGACGACGCCUCGGAUUCCGGCCACGAAGCCGGAGACCAAUACCGCGUCGUCGCAUCUGAGAAAUCUACCCAGUUGGAGAUCAAAGAGUACGCAACCGCACAAACAUCCCUCGUCUCCCCUAAUAACAAACAAUAGACCCGAGAAAUUCUUCCAAAACAUCACCCUCAAAUCCCCCACGGCGCAGAAAUGGCUCGCGGCACAUAUCUCAGCCGCCGAAUCACUGGCCGAGAAAUCAUCAGAGGGGAAGAAACCCGAGAUUUGGAUGCUAACGGGACUCAUCCUCAUGACGCACGCCACAUGGACCAGUCUCUCCUCCAAAGACCACUCCUUCAUCGCCGGCACCCAGGCACCCUUCGAUCCAACCGGUAUAUCCGCCAUCCGUCGUCUCUCAACCAGUGGCAGUGUCCGACCCGUCGUCGGCCUACCCACCCCCGACGACGAGAUCAAGAAAAAUAUUUCCGGCACCGUGAUCCAUGAGACGGGAAAAUACCCUGGCACGCGAUGUUGGGCGGCGCAGUGGACGAAGAUCGAUGUGGAGAUUGUGGCGGUCGAGCAGGCGGAAGGGGAUGCGGAUGAGGUGCGGUUGAAGGGGGAUGAGAAAAGGAUUGCGGUUGUGGAUUGUGAGGCGGGGCGAUACGCGUUGAAUGGUGGGAAGGAUGGUGGGAAUGCCGAUGAGUUUGGGGAGGAGUAUUGGGAUGAGUUUCUUGAUGCUACGGAGGAGUAGAUGGGUGUUGUGUCUGGUUGUAUGUAUGUUUCUUCUUCGACG